GGCAUCUUUAAAGACGACGUCCGUCUUCAUUAGAGAUGAGAGGAGCAGCUAUGAGUUUAACUGCAGCAGCGAGUGGAUUUGUUGUCUUCCUUCUCUCUGUGUCAGUGAUACAGGGUCAGGAUGGCUGGGGAGUGACUUACACCUCUACUCAGAUCUGUGCUGUUAAAGGAUCAACAGUGAACAUACCCUGCAGCUACACAUACCCAUCAGCUGUAGGUGGAGUUGAUACUACAGUUGAGCAGAGAUUCUGGUUUAUUCAACAGUUUGUGGAUCUAACAACAGACUCAGAGUAUUCAGGUCGUGUGCAGUAUCACUCUGAAAACAAGGACUGUACUCUGAGAAUCUCAGACCUGAGAGAGAGAGACUCAGCUGUGUACAAGUUCAGGUUCAUAACAAACCAAGGUGGGAACUAUGUUGGUUAUCCUGGAGUCACUUUGUCUGUCACAGGUCUCCAGGUGCAGGUGAGGAUAUUAGAGGUCUAUGAGUUCUCUAUCUUGGCAGAUCUGAAGUGUCAGAGCAGUUGUCCUCUACCUGGUCAUCCUUCCUACAUCUGGUACAAGAAUGGACAGAACAUUCAGGGACAAACAUCUGAUUCUUAUUCAGCCUCCUUGGAUCCUGCAGACAGCUUUUCCUGUGCUGUAAGAGGACAUGAGGACUUCCCCUCUCCUUCAGUGUAUGGUCCAAAGCUUCCCUCUGUGUCAGUGAGUCCCUCUGCUGAGAUAGUGGAGGGCAGUUCAGUGACUCUGGCCUGUAGCAGUGAUGCUAACCCAGCAGCUAAAUACACAUACUGGUUCAAGGAGAAGCCAGUCAUUAAAUAUCUCAGUGAAGGACCACAGCUCGUCUUCAGCUCCAUCCAGUCCUCUGACUCUGGACAGUAUUCCUGUACAGCUGAGAACGAGCUGGGGGAAAAGACGUCUCAAUACAAAUUUAUCAAUGUGAAAUAUGGUCCAAAGCUUCCCUCUGUGUCAGUGAGUCCCUCUGCUGAGAUAGUGGAGGGCAGUUCAGUGACUCUGACCUGUAGCAGUGAUGCUAACCCAGCAGCUAACUACACCUGGUACAAGGAGAACCAAACACUGCUUCAAGGACCAGAAGGACGUUAUUAUUUCUCCUCCAUCAGAUCUGAGGACAGAGGGAACUACUACUGCAAGUCUGAGAAUCAGUUUGGACAGAUCAAGUCAUCGUCUCUGUCAGUAGAUGUUCAGUAUGGUCCAAAGCUUCCCUCUGUGUCAGUGAGUCCCUCUGCUGAGAUAGUGGAGGGCAGUUCAGUGACUCUGACCUGUAGCAGUGAUGCUAACCCAGCAGCUAACUACACCUGGUACAAGGAGAAUGAAGACUCACCAAAAGCAUCAGGACAGAUCUUCACCAUCACUGAUGUUAGACCUGAACACAGUGGGAAUUAUUACUGUGAAGCCCAGAACAGAAGAGGAAGUCAGAACUCCACCUUACAUCUGUCUGUUGUAGCAGGGAAUUCAACAAUGAUAAUGAAUAUCAUCAGGCUGACUGUGGUGGUCCUGAUGCUGAUUCCUCUGCUGCUCCUGAGUCUGUGGGCGAGGAAGAAGAAAAAUCUGAGCUCCACCACUGGACCACAUGGACCUGUAGAGAUAGAGUUAGACUCUUGUCCUGCGUAUGAGAACAUCUCAGACACUGCAGCACAGACAGAAGACCCAGAGGAGCAGGAAGACCUGGUGUGAAGUCCAGUCAGAUGCAGCUGAACCAGAGGCUGGACUCACCUGAUGGAAACAAAGUAGUACGACAUUGAAAUAUCCCUGAGGAGAGCGAGGCUGUGGAGGGUGCGGGGGAAGUGGAUACAUUUACCUUCAACUCCAGAAGAUUUUAUUGUCAGUUUUGAGUAUCAGCAGCAGGUAGGAGUCAGCAGCAGCAUGUAGCACAACGUUUAGAAGAAUGUGGUGUUGGCAGCUUGAAUUGAAUCAUGUCGAGGUGUCAAACAUGAUUUAUUGUUCAGAUCAGCUGAUGCUCAGGUGUUCUGUGACUUACUGAUGUAUAUGCAAGCUUAUUUUCUACUGUAGAGUUAGUUUUAGGCCAUGUUAUGCUUAAGGCUAGGAAGGAUGCACUUCAUUUAGUGAUGAAAAUGAUUUGAUUUUGUACCUUAUAAAGUUCAUCUGAAAAUGUUUUUGGCGGGUGGAAGGGUUAAGGGGGUUGAAAAGAAAAGAAAAAA